AUGAAGGGCGCGGAGCCCAACAUGACAGGCUUCAACUCCUUACCCAUUGACAAGAAGGUGGAGAUCUGCAGUGUGCCGCUGUCUCAGCCAUAUUUUACCUACACCAUCCUGCUCAUCUGGACCAUGACGUGCCUCGCAGAAAUUCGGCGAGCUGUAAAACUGCUUUUCACCACGCUGGUCAAUGUUCCGACGGUCAAGAGGGUUGAGCACGUCUUGGACGACAAGACCAUUGUCGGGUAUACGAGAGGCAUGAAGUGUUUCAUCGGCGCUUUCUGCUUCUACCCUCGCAUCGCCGCGACGAUGUUGCUGAACUACCUUGGCUGCCGAUGGCUCCUGUCCACUACGAACCUUGAG